AUGGAUGAGGAAUAUGACGCCAUCGUCUGCGGCACGGGCCUCAAGGAGUGCAUCCUGAGUGGCUUGCUGUCAACUCACGGGAAAAAGGUUCUACACGUAGACCGCAACGGAUACUACGGCGGCGAGUCUGCUUCGCUGAACCUCACCAACCUCUACGAAAAAUUCAAGCCGGGCGAGACUCCGCCGCAGUCGCUGGGCUUCAACCGCGACUGGAAUGUCGAUCUGAUCCCCAAGUUUGUCAUGGCGUGCGGGAAGCUCGUCAAGGUUCUUCUCACGACCAAGGUGACGAGGUACCUAGAGUGGCAGGUCAUCGAGGGCACUUACGUCUACCAGUACCAGAAGGCAGGAUUCUUCUCCAACGCAAAGUACAUCCACAAGGUGCCGUCGACGGACACCGAGGCGCUGACUUCGCCCUUGAUGCCGUUGCUCGAGAAAAACCGCUGUAAAAACUUCCUCAGCUACUGCGCCCAGUGGGAGCUGGAGAAUCCUGAGACCUGGAAGGGCUUCGACCCCAAGCGCCACUCGAUGAAGCAGGUGUACGACUACUUCGGUCUGCAGCCCAACACCAUCGACUUCGUGGGGCACGCGGUGGCGCUGUACACCUCCGACGACUAUCUGUCGCAGCCGAUGGGUCAGACGAUGGAGAAGAUCAAGUUGUACAUGUAUAGCAUCUCGCGCUACGGCAAGUCGCCUUUCAUCUAUCCGCUCUACGGCUUGGGCGGCCUCCCCGAAGGCUUCAGCCGCCUCUGCGCCAUCAACGGCGGAACGUACAUGCUGAACAAACCGAUUGACGGGUUUGUCUACGACGACAACGGGAAGGUUUGCGGCGUCAAGUCUGUCGACGGAGAAGUCGCCCGCUGCAAGAUGGUGGUGUGCGACCCGAGCUACGUGAAGUACGACCCGAAGAAGGUUCGCAAGGCGGGACAGGUGAUUCGCUGCAUCUGCAUUCUGGGCAAUCCGAUUCCGAGCACCUCGAACGCGUCGUCCUGCCAAAUCAUCAUUCCGCAGCGCCAGGUUAACCGCAAGAACGACAUUUACGUCAUGCUUGUCUCUUCCUCGCACGGCGUCGCGCUGAAGGGAAAGUACAUCGCCAUCAUCAGCACAACCGUGGAGACUGACGACCCCAUGAAGGAAAUCGCACCGGCACUGGAGCUUCUCGGCCUCAUUGAACAGCAGUUCGUGCAGGUCAGCGACGUGUACGAGGCGGCAACAGACGGCACCGAAGACAACGUCUUUGUCUCAGGCUCCUUCGAUGCGACUUCCCACUUCGAGUCCGCGACGGAGGACGUCCUCAGAAUCUGGAAGAACAUGACCGGCGAGGACUUGGAUUUGUCCGUGAAGGCGGAGCCCGAAGAUCUGCAGGAGAUGUAA